CGGCGGAAGGGAGGUGCCCAGCCAUGGCUUUCCGGUAGCGCCGGUGGAUUCUCUCUCUUCGCUUGCCGCUGGGAGCGGGCGGCAUGGCCGCGAGGCGGGCGCUGUUAGCGCUGCGGUCCCACGGCGCCCUCCCGCCCGCUUCCGCCUCACGUCACCGCCUCACGCCCGCCCGUCCGCGCGCGGUGGCCGCCAUUAGCGGCGGCGCGGGGUGGGGGCGGCGCUGCAGGGAGAGCGGUGUGAGCAACUCCGUGCCUUCAUUUUUACGAAGCAAGGACAGCGUUUCCUUGCUGGGAAGUAGGAAGCUUUUUUUUGACACUCAUGCCCUGGUGUGCCUCCUGGAAGGACAUGGAUUCACUACUCAGCAGUCGGAGGUGAUUGUGUCUGCAUUCGUGAAAAUCGUGAACACCAACCUGGAUAUGAUUUACAAGGACAUGGUGACCAAAGUGCAGCAGGAGAUUGCUCUUCAACAAAUAAUGUCCCAUAUUGGUGGAUUGAAAAAGGACAUGAUUAUAUUGGAAAAAAGUGAGUUUUCAGCACUUCGGUCAGAAAACGAGAAAAUAAAACUGGAACUCCAGCAGAUAAAGAAGCAAGUCAUGGAUGAAAUUGCCAAAGUUCGUGCAGAUAACAAACUAAACCUAAACCUAGAGAAGAGCAGAGUAAAAGAACUGUAUUCACUUAAUGAAAGAAAACUACUUGAAAUGAGGACAGAAAUAGUGGAACUGCACGCACAACAAGAUCGAGCUCUGACCCAAACAGACAGAAAAAUAGACACAGAAGUUGCUGAUCUGAAAACAAUGCUGGAAUCACACAAACUCGACAAUAUUAAGUACUUAGCAGGUUCAGUAUUUACAUGCCUUACUGUAGCACUGGGAUUUUAUCGUUUAUGGAUGUAAUAAAGCCUCACUUUAGAGGGACUUCUACUGUCUUGUUUUCUGAAAAUGGAAAAAAAAUUAUUUGCUUGAACUUCAACCAAGUCUUGAAUGUGUUAUUUAUUUUUUUGUGAAGAAGACUGUAUUGAGAAUGUAACCAAAGACGUGCCUGGAAACAAACUGUACAUAUGUCAUGCCCAAUUUGAACCUUACCUCUGUUCAAAGCACUUGUGAAUUUUCCUUCAUUCUGAACUGCAGUAUGCCUUGCUGUUGCAAAGUGCCAUAUAAGCAAAGACUGACAUUCAUACCAAUUGUAUGGAGCUGCAUGCACUAGGAAUUACCUUUUGUUGUCUGUUCAGACGUGCUUACCAGAGUCAGUUGCAUCUGUUGGACUGGAGUUGUGAUUAUUAGUAUAAAACUGAAACUAAAUGUUUUGUGGCUUGGAAGCACUCUUGUUUAAGUAGGAUUUGUGUUAACUGAAUCAUGCUUGCUUCUCUCCUUCUAACACUUGAUCAUACAGUUACUAUGAUCAAAUAUGUCUUGCCAUUUUUAUAACAGUACAGUCAUCAGCUUCUUUUUUCAGAUGACCAUUGAAUCAAUCAUCUUUCGUGAGUACUGUGUAAUGGUAGCAGUGUUUGCUGCUAGUUCUGCUUUUAAUCUGUCUGUAGGUUUUUUACUAACUCACCGUUUUAUACAUAAGUUUCUGAUACUCAUUCCACAUGCUAAUUUUUAACUUAACCACUGUAAAUGGGAAUUUGAAAUGCUGUAAAAUACACUGGUUUUACUUUAUGGCUAGAUUAUACAAACUCUCUGUGGUGCUGCUUCCUUGUUGGAAAGGAAUUGGUGCUUCUGGAAAGGAUAUUUUUUUAUGGGUGGUUCUGAAGCAGUGUCAUACAUGAGGGAACUGCAGUUUUGUCUGUCUUCGGUUUGUUUUCUUGUCUUAUUAAAAAAAAAUCCUACUGGUACUUCAAAUGUGGAACUUGGAUAGUGAUAUAAUGAUGAAAGUGGUAAUGGAGAUCUGUAAGGAUAUUUAAACUCACAGCUUGUGAACUAGCAAAUGCAAAUGAAAGCACCCUGUGUAUCCAGGUACAUAACCAUCCAGGUAUAUACCCAUCAUUCUUUCAUUCAGGAAGUAACAGGUUUAGUAACAGUCAUCUGUGUUCCUCCAUGUAAGGGAAAUAUUGUAAAUAUUGAAAUAUAGGAAAGGAGAAUGACCUAUGCACUGGUAAUAAAUGCUGUCUGCCUUUGUUUAAUGAAAGUAAAGCUGUCUGGUUACCUUGUGUCUGUGUCAUAAAAGCUAUUUAACUUCUUUGGUGGUUGCCAAUGCAGACUGAUUUGAGGACAAACAGAUGUACGACUGUGGAUGCAAACUUGAAAUAAAGAAUUUCAUAUAUUUCAUAGAAUUACGAUGUUUUCCAUAUAAGUACAACUCUUUCAAUUAAUCUGAAUGUAAUUACUUUAAGGUAAGUCAUUGUUCAUGAGACUGAAAGCUAAGACUGAAAGCAAAGUCAGCAGCCACUAGAACACUCCAAAGAGGAAGGAGCAGCCAGUAGAGAUUAUUAAUUAGCAAUAAUAGUUUCCCUGUGCUAAUUUUAACAGCUCCUUGAAAUUGAAUGAAUCUGUACUGGAGUUCUUCACUUUCUUGUUGGCUUUUUUAUUAUUAUUAUUUUUUUGUUUGUUUGUUUGUUUUGUUUAAGAAAAUAUUUUUUGUACAUGUUGUACAUUUUGAGCUUCACUAUUUGAGAAAGUAUAAUUUAAUGUUUGGAAUUAUCUCAGUGUUGAUUCCCAUCUUUCCAGAGUAGAGAGGCCUAUAUAUGUCUGUGUAAUCAGUGCAUCUUUACCUGCACGCUCAAGCAUCUGAUAAUAAUUGCUGAAUUAAUUCUUUAAAAAUAAUUUUAAAUGCAAUGUGUGUUUGGCUGAAAACAGAUCUCUAUGCAAACAGGCUGCUUUUGGGGGUCAAGUGGAGGGAGGAUGUGAAAGAUUACAGAAUAGCGUUGUCCUGGAAUUAGCAAAGCAAGUAAAAGCACAGUCUUUGGUGAGUGUUCUGAACAGGGAAUAACAUUUAUGCUUUCAUUCUCCUAAAUUACAUACUAAUAGGAAAGAAUUAGUAUUUCCUAGCCUAUAAAGUCUUCAAGUGUGAUGUAAAAAAGCUGCCUCUUUUGUAUGAGGAUAGGUGUUCUUUGAUCUCUUCCUCUGAUUUUAAAGAUCAGCUUAGCAGUCUCACACAUGAAUCACAUUUAUUGGCAUUCCCAAUAGGUAGAAUUUGUACUUGGAAAUAUAUGGAUUUAAUUUCAAAGAAAUAUUUAAAGUUAAAAUACACAAGCAAAUUAAAAAUCUUUUGGUGCAGAUGAGAAGCAAAUACAUCAGGAUACUGCUGAAUAGCUUGAAAAACAGAAGUUGAGUGUCACUGGAUUCCUAACUAGGAGACUUAAAAUCCUUCCCAAUUUCUUUCUGUACGACUUGCUGCACUGUGCUGUGUAAUGUUUAGUACCAGAAGCAAUUUGUGACUAGAAAUGGAAUCUAGCUGCUUGUGUGUCUUGUUUUAGCCCUUGCCUGCAGUAAAAAUCUGUCAGUGAGCCAUCCUUCUCACUGGCCUCAGCUCAAGUGUUUCACUAAACUGUUACUAACAGCCAUUGCUGUGCAAUCACGUGCUCUUGAGGCCUCUCUCUCUUGGAGAUUGGAUCAUUUGUUUCCCGGAACAUUGAAGUUAUUUUUAAAAACACAAGUUGACAAAUGGGAGUUUAUUUUUAACGUAGGUGUGAAGUCUGCUUCAUUUUUUUCCUCUGCACGCAAACGUUCUGCAUACUUAUCAUGUUUCUUUUUAAGCCUUGUUCCUGCAGUGAACGUCCCCUGAACUAGGAUCUUCAUAAACACUGAAAUCCAACCUCUGUGCAGUCACUGGCAGUACCUAUGUACUGAAAGCACGCUUUUGCCUUCUAGGUAUUUUGAAUCAUACCAGUUCCAUGAAAAAAAAAAGACUUGUUUUUCUUACUGCCAUCUAUAGACCUGACAUGGGGAAACUGUCUUUUUUUUUCUCCUCUAUCUGCAGUUAGCUAAAUUCCUGUGACUAGUUCCUUUGAACUACUAGUUGCAGGCAGGAGCAAAACUUGCCUUUGCAUCUCCCACUGAGUUUCCAGGAAUCAAGUGGAAUAUCUUUUUCCCAUCUUGAUACUAACCUGGAAAGAAUUUUACAAAGCUGCCCUGUAAAUUUCCAAGAAUAAAUAAACCAUAAAGUUACCUUUUGGGAUGGUUUAAUGUACUGAUAAAAGCUGCAUGCUGAAAUUCUUUCUUUAUUCUGACUGUAGUGUUUUGUGUUGUUUUCUUUUUGUUAAUUAUUUCUCUAGCCAUCUCUUGAAUUUAUAGGUUUGUUGUUUUUUUGUUAGCCUAAGAAUAAAAUGCACUGCAUGAGCAGUUAAUUUGCUUCAGCCAAUAAAUAGGAAGUUUGUUUGCAAUCAGCUGUGCCUGGAAUAUUGGGGUUUGUUUUCAGCAUAAACAAGUGUGUGUGCUUUUGGAGGUGGAGGCUCUGCUGCUUUUGUUAGAACAGCUUCCUUUGGCCUUAAAACACGUAGUUUAUUAUUAUUACUAUUUAAACCUUGUUACCACAUUGUUUAGAUCAGUGAUGUUGAUGCUUUGUUUUACACUUAAAUCCUAGGUCAGAACAACUUACUGUAAUCCAUAACAUGAAUAAUCCACUACAUGAAAAUCUGUAACUAGACAAAGAUCAUAGACGCCAGUGUUUGCAUAGCAUUCCAUUGAAUUCUGUCUAUUCAAAGGAGGAGAAAAUUCCAGUUUUCUUGGAAGGAUGCCUAGUUGGUAUUAAAAUACUGGAAAUGGGUAAUAAAGAAUGGAGGCAAAUACCAGUCUUGGGCCAAGGUUUAUCCCUGUAGUUAUGCACGUUAAUGUGUUGUAAUAUUUCAAGUGCCGUACGUCCUUGCACUGUUCCAGUAUGCACUCUAUCAAACUCUUACAAGUUCAUUAGGUGCUUCGUUGUACUCUGAAUUGCAUCAGCUUGAUUCAAG